AUGGACACAAUCUUCAGGAGAGGAAAGUAUUGGCUAAAGCCUGGAGGACUCUGGAUUGGAGGCAAGUCCAGCUUCAUAAACUCCAUCGACAGCAUCUUCCAGAAUCGCAUGACGGUUGGAGCAGCUGCAGAAUCUAACACUGAUGUUAGCUUCACCAGGAGAUUUCAGUCUCUCAGUAUUGAUGAUGAGGGCCACAGAUCUGUACUGCCGUUCUCCUUCUGUGAUACCAUGGGUCUGGAACACGGAGACUGCCAGGGAAUCGCCACAGAAGACCUCCACAAAAUAAUACAGGGACAUAUCAGAGAUGAAUACAGGUUUAACCCCGUCAGUUCCAUCUCUGAAGAUGACCGCUACUAUAACAGUAGGCCCAGGCUGAGUGAUCGUAUCCACUGUGUUGUGAGCAUCAUCCCGGCACUUACCAUUUCCAUGAUGGAUGAUGAUGUCAUUAGGAAGAUGAAGGAAGUUAGAGCCAAGGCUGCACAGAUGAGAAUUCCUCAGGUGGUGGUCCUGACAAAGAUUGACAAGACGUGUCGUGAGGUGGGAGCGGACAUCAAGCUUGUCUACAGGAGCAAGACAAUCAGAGAAAAGAUGACGGUGUGCAGUAAUCGUCUAGGAGUUCCUAUGAACUGCAUCUUCCCCGUCAAGAACUACCAUGAGGAGAUCAACUUGAAGAACGACAUCGAUGUCCUGCUGCUGUCUGCAAUGACCUGUAUCCUGAACUUCGCUGACGACCACAUCGAUGAUGUCUCAGCUGACAAUGACCCCUUCGUUAUCUCAGCAAGCGAUGCACACAUGUCCAAACGGCAGCCUACUACCAGUAGCAACAUGAAGGACAAGCCCGAAUUUAGCAGCAAGCCCACUCCGCCGCCACUGGCCCCUAGGCCACGCCCCGCCCCCAAGCCAAAAGUUGCGAGAGAUCCGGAAAGACAUUCAGACGAACACACACUCAGACAAACCUUUGAGUAUAUUGACCAACUAUAUUCCGAUGUUGACCUGUACUCAGAUCCACAGCCUCACUCACCUGUCCCUACGCAUCACAAUAGACAUCCAGACCCACAUGCACACAGAGAUAGGGUCAGAGCUCCAGAAUCCAGGAGAAUUGCAGACGAGUACAGCCGCCCAAGUCAUCACGACAACCCUCCACCUAGCAUCCCUCCCCGUGAUCAGCAUUACCAUGGCAUUCCACCCCAUGGCGAGGAUCUCUAUGGCAACGUCCCCCCUAGAAAUCAUCGCCAUGGUAGAGGCGUCCAUGGCCACGCAAUACAGCAGCAGCAGCAGCAGCAUGUUAAGAGUGAGCUGGAAGAGAAGUUGAGGAGGAGAAGGCUGAGAGACACAGAUGUUUAGUUUAUAGUUCAGUUUUUAUUACCAUGUUAUAUAAUAAGAAUAUUGCAUUGUAAAACAUUGCAAAGGGAAUUUUGCCCUGCUGCCUUAGGUUUGAAAGUUAACUCAACUUGAGGCUUAACUCAACUUCACUCUGCCUUGUCUACCAUAGUACUACACAACUAUGACAUUGCAAAGGGCUUUAGUAAUAUAUUAGGACUUGAUCAUUGAUAUUGUGGUAGCACCAAAUUUACAACACCAUCCAUGUCUUAAAGUGAUACUGUACCACAGGGGAUGUGUAAUAUGAGUUUAUUUCCAAAACUGGUACAGUAUCACUUUAAGAGGUUCAUGUUUGCCAGCAUGUGCUGUACGUCCUAGCAUUUGCGUGUUAUGGGACAGGGGUAAGAUCGCUGAUAAAUUAUGUGGAAUAUAUUUUACAAUUUAAUGUAAACCACAAUUUGAUUCAGAACUAUGUAGCCUAUUGCUUGCAGUAAUAAAUAAUAAAUCUUCUACUGAUAAUAUUCUGCUGGUAUUCAUGUUUCUGCUUCUUGCAAAAAUGGUAAGAUGAAUUACGCCUAGUUUAGCUCAAGACCCAUGUGAAGAAAUGGGCUACCUCGACAUCAACUUUGUAAAGUUUUGUAUGAAAAACUAAUUAUUUACAUGUGUUAGUUUUACUUGUAAUAGGAUUAGGAAGCUUGGGAAUAAAUGCAUCCAUUUGUG